GCCUGCAGAAAGCCUUGGCAUGUGGUGGCUUGCACCCAGACGAAGGCAAAAACCCCCAUGGCAGUAUUAGAUUGGGGGCCCGAUUGGCCUUCAGUGACUGCGAUCGUCCUCGUCGCGCCUAAGCUGGUCCAUAGGCAAGCCCCUCGCUGCACCCUUACUUCGGAGGAGCUUGACAACGGCACCCACUUCGCGUGCUCAUGACGUACCGUCUGACUUUGAAGCUCGCCAGCUGCUGCUGUCCAUUAGACCAAGAUCUUGGCUUUGGAAGCCCGAUCUUGCAGCAUGAUAAGACCCUCGAACUGCAACCUUGACAAGGGGACAGCCAGACAAGAAUUGUGACCGCAUAUUAAUGUGACCUGACGAACGUUGCCUAACUCACUCGUACUUCAUUCCCACACAGGCCACACUACCUCUGCCCAUUCUAUCCGCUCGCUAACUAUUUCUCCUAUCGAGCAUCAACACCACCUGCCACCAAUAUGCCUGAGGGUAUCUAUGCGAACGUCACCAGCGAAGGCGCAACGCAAUCAGGUGAAGAGCCGGUUUCAGGUCUGCAAGGAAAAGGCACCGUCACGGAGCCGUAUGAUCAAGGCAAUGCAGAAGAUCCAGUACGGACUGGCGAAGAGCCCCCAUCAGGGAUCCAAGGCAAAGGCACAACGACCGAACCUUAUGAUGGCGGAAAUGCUCCAGAAAACCCAACCGACCCAGGUUCCACUACCACAUCGAGCGCCGACGCAUCAACAACACUCACUUCUGGCAAGGGUGCGGAAGAGCGAGGACGAGAUCAACUAAAACCCCCACCUAAGGCUCCGGUAGAAGAACGUGAACUCAGUCCAGGUUCGCUUCCUGAUGGAACGCACGUCCAGACUAGCGGUGAUCGUGGAGAGACCUAUGAGCCUGGCAAACUCAGCAAACUCAAGGGCAAAAUGGGGUUUGGAAGACAUUAGAAUUGGGAAGCAUCAGUCAAGAAACAUGACAAAACUGGCUAUGCCCUACUUUGCUCGCCAGGGCGGAUGGCGGAGAGUUGUGGAUCGAUAGAUGCUAUGUAAUGCUUGUAUGAGUAACGAAAGACGGCCCUGAUGUUAUCAUAUACGUUUCGUUGCAGUGUGUUGUUCGCGACGAGUUAAAAGGUCUCAGUUCCUAUAGCCAUAUCGAGGAGUGACCACACGGUUAAAGUCCGGAACCGGCUU